GCCAAGUGAAUAAACGGCGGAGGAGCUGCAGGUUUACGCACUUUUGCACUUUUGUCUCUUUCCUCCGGCCGGUUGAAGCCAAAACCAAAGAUCUUCGACACAUUCUCAGCAGGAACUCACAAACAAGCUGCAGGCAGAAUGUGCCGUGCAGCCUUCUUGUUUUUGGCUGCUGGCUUGUCACUCAGCCUGGCUAGACCUCACCUCAAACCUUUAUCCAGUGACAUGGUCAACUACAUCAAUAAGGUCAACACUACCUGGAAGGCUGGCCACAACUUCCAUAAUGUAGACUACAGUUAUGUCAAGAAACUGUGUGGGACACUCCUCAAAGGACCUAAACUGCCCAUUAUGGUUCAGUAUGCUGGAGACGUGAGGCUGCCUAAAAAUUUUGACUCCAGAGAACAGUGGCCUAAUUGUCCCACUUUGAAGGAGAUCAGAGACCAGGGAUCCUGUGGAUCCUGCUGGGCAUUUGGUGCUGCCGAAGCCAUCUCUGAUCGUGUUUGUAUUCAUAGUAAUGCCAAGGUCAGCAUAGAGAUUUCCUCAGAGGACCUGCUUACUUGCUGUGAUAGCUGUGGCAUGGGUUGUAAUGGUGGCUACCCCUCAGCUGCGUGGGACUUUUGGACCAAUGAGGGACUGGUCUCUGGAGGUCUUUAUGACUCUCAUGUUGGUUGCAGGCCCUACAGCAUUCCUCCCUGUGAGCACCACGUGAAUGGUACCAGACCUGCCUGCAGUGGGGAGGAGGGAGACACGCCGGAUUGCGUCAACAGGUGUGAGACUGGGUACACGCCUGGCUAUGAUCAAGACAAGCACUUUGGUAAGACCUCUUACAGCGUACAGGCAGAUGUGACGCAGAUUCAGAGUGAGAUCUCUAAGAAUGGCCCAGUGGAAGGAGCGUUCACAGUCUACGAGGACUUCCCGCUUUACAAAUCUGGUGUGUAUCAGCAUGUGUCUGGGUCUGCGCUGGGUGGCCAUGCCAUCAAGAUCUUGGGAUGGGGAGAGGAAAAUGGUGUCCCCUACUGGCUGUGUGCAAACUCAUGGAACACUGACUGGGGCGAUAAUGGUUUCUUUAAGAUCUUGCGUGGUGAGGACCACUGUGGCAUCGAGUCAGAGAUAGUGGCUGGAAUCCCUAAGUAACAUGUUUUGAUCAACGUUGUACCUUUCAUGAUCACUAGAGGACGCUGCACUCCUUCCUGCCUGCACUGGAACCAUGACCAUGUAACUGUUUCCAGUCUAUAGUUUAAAACCCCACUGGUAAUUAGUACAAACGCUGCAAAAGUCACUGGCUCUUUUUAGUGUUCGAUUAUUGAUUUGUACAACAAAUUUACCGCUUAAAAAAAACAAGUUUCUCUUUACUUAAAGCAAUCAGUCAAGGAAAUGUGGUGGAAUGAGGAACGAUAAAAACAAAGCUAUCAAAAAAGGCAUUUCAAGAAAAUCUCAGUGCAAACCAAACUCUUGGCUGCACAUUGUGGACUGUACCACUGAUGUUGGCUUGUGUUGUCUCUUUCAUUGCCAUGUGCUAAUGUUAAAAAAAAAAAAGGGGGGGGCAGGUGAGGGCACAUGGACAGUGUUUAACAGAAACUUGAUGUUAAUCUUGCAUGGUUAGGAUCUGCCUAAAGAGAGGGGAAUUCUUUUUAAUUUGUGUGGCAAUCUAGCUGCUACAACGUUAAUAUUGAGUAGUGUUUUUAUUGAAUGUGAUAUUAUUAAUACCCCCCUGAUAUGCACAUACUUUUUAUUUGGUGCCUAUGAGUGUUUAUAUCAAUUGAGAUGUUUUUAUUGCUGAUUGAAAUGUGACCGAGUACUGUUCCAGUUGUCUGUACUGAUAAAAUCAUUGCCACAUGAUUGUCUUAAUCAAAUAAACUGGUUUUGUUUUCAUUUGAAAUCUGUGGGCAUUUUCAAAUUAAGAAUUUAAAUUAUUAGAAUUAAGAAUUUGGAUUUCUAGCUACCCAUCCAGAUGAAUUGAGGAAGCACAUUACACUUAAAUACACAAACACUAUUCUUUACCUAUUUAGUCAUAUCGGUUUACCCCUUGGUCAGCACAGUCUUCACUUGUAUCUGAAACUAAACCUUUAAAACACACAUUACUUAAAAUCUUGUUUAAUCUGGCUGCAGCAAAGUCUUGGCUGGAUGCUUGAAAUGUUAUUUCCAAAGAAAUCCUGUUCAUUAGUUGCACUGAUAUGUUGUUUGUAGACAGUUAAGGUUUGCCAAGCGUCUUGGAGCUGAAAAAGUGCACUGGUAAUUUCAAACGUCCAACAAUUGACAAUCCCUGGAGGUGCCUAUGGUUAAUGAAUGGGAGACAGACUGACCUUAAAUACUAACUAUUUGUUAUCCUAUGUGAUGGGGUCCUCAUUGUAGAAGUGCAGAUUCUUUAAGGGGAUCUAUAUUUUCCAUAGUAGACAAAGCAAUUAUGGAGAGUGCAUGUGGUAAUAUCACAGGCUGUCGUAACACCACAGUUUUGAUUCCUCAAAGCGUGACUUGGGAGCAGUUGUAUGUGUUGGCAAUAAUAUCCAAAAUGUGCAGAGAUAAGGGAGUUGUGUUUCAGGGUAGAUUUUCACUUGUUAUUGAGAGAUGCUGAGGGUGUCAAUUUUUCGAAAGACUGCAACUUUUGUUUUCUGUUUUUUUUUUCCUGCUUAAAUGCAUUUUGAAAUAUUAGUCUUUCCUUGGUGUGUUCAUUUCAAUGAUAGUCUUUUGUAAUGCAACAUUUUUGAGCUUCAACAGAAUAUACAGCAUUUCUCGGACUAUAGUUUAAGGCAGCGCGCACAAUGGUUCACUGGUCGGUUUCACUUGGCUGCUUUGUGUGAAAAAUCAAAUUUUAGAAACAAAUGAGUAACAGAUCCCUAUGUGAAAUGCGUGUACAGAGUACACAAAGUCGAAUCGGCUCAUCCAGGGAUGGGCAACAUGAUCCAGAGAAGGGCUGUUGUGGGUGCAGGUCUUUGAUCCAACCAUGCAGAUACACACCUGAUUCUAUUAGUCAACCAAUAGUCUUUGCUAAGGAUCUUGAUUUGUAGGCUCCGGAGUGUAACUGCUUGGUUGGAACAAAGACCUGCACCCACAACUGGCCCUUUGUGGAUCAUGUUGCCCGUCCCUGAACGUUUAGUGUAGAUGGGUAGUUGACCCACCAGAUUUACCACCCAACAGAUCUACAGGCCAGUGGCCACUCUUUCAAGGAGGAGGAUGUGCACAUCCUUGAUAGGGAGGAACGCUGGUUUGAGCGGGGAGUCAAAGAGGCCAUCUAUGAGAAGAGAGAACGACCAUCGCUGAACGGGGGGGGGGGGGGGGAGUACGUCUGUUGCCAUCUUAUAAUGCUGUGAUUGCAACUGUUAGCCAAUCCUCUGUGAAUAGUACACAUGGCCAUUGUAACUCUAGUUAACGGUCACGUUGAUUUGCACAUGAAACCGAUCGUUGGUAUUGUAUUGUUUAAAAGAGUGGGGAUACCCGCAGUCAGUUGAGACUGAAGAGGCCACUUAGACGAGUGAUGAAACGUUUUUCUCUCAAUAAACGUGUCCAG